AAACAAAACCCUAUGACAUCCCCUCCCACACCAACACAGUAACCCCUAAACCUUGUGCUGAACCCACCCAGCGUCUCCGCAUCGAACAACACAACAGUUUCUCAACUCUGAACUAAUCGAAGAUGACUCGCGGCAUUAAACAUCGUCAGAAAGCCAAGAGGAAGAACAAGGGGUCGAAGAAAGGUGAUGGGUCUUCAUCAUCUUCUUUGGCGCCGCAAGUUCCGGUGAAAGUGUGGCAACCGGGUGUGGACAAGUUGGAGGAAGGUGAAGAGCUUCAGUGUGAUCCUUCUGCUUACAACUCUCUUCAUGCAUUUCACAUUGGAUGGCCCUGUCUAAGUUUCGAUAUUUUACGUGACUCGCUGGGCUUAGUUCGCACAGAAUUUCCUCACACAGUAUAUUUCCUGGCAGGGACUCAGGCAGAGAAAGCUGCUUGGAAUUCUAUUGGAAUUUUUAAAGUAUCAAAGAUUUCUGGGAAGAGACGUGAGCUGGUGCCAAAAAAGGGGGCUGAAGACUCUGGAAUGGAUGGUGAGGAUAGUGAUAGUGAUGAUGAUAGUGAAGAUGAAGAAGAAGAUGGUGCUCAGGGUCCCAGUUUGCAGUUGCGGAAGGUUACUCACCAAGGAUGUGUCAAUCGUAUUCGCUCCAUGCCACAAAAUCCCCAUAUAUGUGCAGCUUGGGCAGAUACCGGUCAUGUACAGGUCUGGGACUUAAGCUCUCAUCUCAAUGCUCUAGCAGAGACAGAAACAGAUGUCCAAGGAGUUGCUGCAGUUUUUAAUCAGGACCCACUAUAUAAAUUUAAACACAAAGAUGAAGGUUAUUCAAUAGACUGGAGUCCUCUUGUUCCUGGAAGGCUUGUAUCUGGGGAUUGCAAUAAUAAUAUUUAUCUGUGGGAGCCUACAUCUGCUGCUACAUGGAAUGUUGACAAUACUCCAUUUAUUGGACAUACUGCUAGCGUUGAAGAUCUACAAUGGAGCCCUACUGAACCUCAUGUUUUUGCUUCUUGUUCUGUGGACGGGAGCAUUGCAAUAUGGGAUACUCGCUUGGGGAGGUCACCAGCUGCAUCUUUUAAGGCACAUAAUGCCGAUGUUAAUGUAAUGUCGUGGAACAGGUUGGCUAGUUGUAUGUUGGCCUCGGGGAGUGAUGAUGGGACUAUUUCUAUUCGUGAUCUCAGACUGCUCAAGGAAGGAGACUCUGUGGUAGCACAUUUUGAGUACCAUAAGCACCCAAUCACAUCCAUUGAGUGGAGUCCCCACGAAGCCUCUUCAUUGGCUGUUUCAUCAUCUGAUAAUCAGCUUACAAUAUGGGACCUUUCUUUAGAAAAGGAUGAGGAAGAAGAGGCUGAAUUUAAAGCUAAAACCAAAGAACAAGUAAAUGCUCCUGAAGAUCUGCCUCCCCAACUACUGUUUAUUCAUCAGGGACAGAAAGAUUUGAAAGAACUGCAUUGGCAUGCACAAAUUCCGGGAAUGAUUGUUUCUACUGCAGCAGAUGGAUUCAACAUUCUUAUGCCUUCAAAUAUUCAGAACACACUGCCAUCGGAUGGUGCUUUAUAAAUGGCAUCCGCUUUCAGUUAUGAAGCAAAGCAUUAUAAAUCGGAUAAGCUGCUUCUGGAUACAAUCAUGCUGAAUAUACUUGAAUGUUGAAGAAAAUUUCGUUUUGUAUUUUUCCAUUUUUAGUUAUCUUUUUGGUUCUUUUCGUUUUGUUCUUCGCCGGGAGUUCAAAUGUUGUGGAUUAUCCAUUUAGCUUGGCAUUCUUGAUACUUGAUUUGAGUGCAAAUUUCGAUAUGUAAACUAAAUUGAUGCAAGUCAUAGAGAUUGAAAGUAAAAGGGGAACAGGCUAGUUUGGCCCAAAAUUUAUUUAUAUACCCGUCUUAAUUUCAUUACGUUGGAAUUUUUUAGCAAAUCAAUGGGUAGGAUUUUUGUUUAGUACGAUAACGUGUUUACUUUUCAUUUGAUGUUAAAUUUUAUACAAUUCAUAUUAUAUUUUAUAAUCCAUAGUAGUU